AUGCGGACUAAAUUCACCGAUGCAGAAGACAAAAGGCUUGUUGUGCUUGCGCUUGAAUAUGAGUCCCAGCGCAAGCGAGUUCAAUGGAAGGAGGUGACACGCGCCAUGCGGGGCAAGUAUUCGGCCCAAGCCCUUGAGAGUCGGCUGCCACCGAGUCAAGCGGAACGAACUAUCUGUGAUGUUUUCAGUGAGGUGCUUCCUGCUGCGGUUUCAAAAAUAAUUGAGAUGAUUGGGAACAUUCGGCAUGAUGACGUCUUCUUCGAUGUUGGAGCUGGGUUGGGGAAUGUGGCGGCUCAGUACGCGGUACAGACGAAGGCACGUCAGUGUUUGGGCAUCGAAAAACGACCGGAGUUGGCUCAGCAGAGGUUUUUCUUGCUCCAGGGGAAUGUCGACGAUACGCCUUUAUCGACUACACCACCUUUCCUGGACGCGUCAGUGAUUUUUCUGAAUGAUUUUUUGUUUGAUGAAUUAGCUAGGCUCGUUGUCGAAGAGGAGCUGAGCUUGCUGCAAAGAGCGCGUUUGAUUAUAUCUACCUCUCGCUAUUGCCCGCGUCAUCGCGAAUCCUGCCGAAGAAGGUUUUGCGCCAAGUGGGUGCCAACGCAUACUACGUACGGUCACGCAAGCUGGAAGUCCGAGUGUAUCCCUAUCUACAUGUACCAAGUGCGGCAGCAGAAUUGUGAGCCAUCGCCCGUCUAG